AUGUCCGCAGGAAAGGCUUCUACGCAUGAGGCCUACACGGUCGAUCCUCUCCAGUCGUCUGCUUCUUCAUUGAACGAAGAUGAGAAGCUCCUCGCACGUCUAGGUUACAAGAGCGUUCUCCAUCGAAGCUUCGCACUCGUGGACAAUUUUUCCGCCGCCUUUGCUGCUCUGUACUUUGUCGGCGGAGUACGCGUCACGUUUGGCCUUGGUAUCUCCUCUGGUGGACCAGCAGCAUACUGGUCUUCCUAUGUCAUCUCGUGUAUCUUUACGUUCUUCACGGCUGCCUGUCUUGCUGAAAUUUGCUCUGCCUUGCCGGCUGCAGGUUCAAUCUACUUUUGGGCAGCAGAGUGCGCCGGUAAUGACUAUGGCCGUCUCGCUGGUUUCAUUGUUGCUUGGUGGAGUACCACAGCUUGGACCACCUUCACAGCCUCCACCUCUCAGUCGGCAGCCAACUACAUGCUUUCCGAAAUUCCUCUCUUUGGCUCAUCCUACAGCACUGAUUCAAAUGAUGUCAAGUUCCGAGCGGUUCAAUGGGCAGUCGCUGAAGUCUUGCUUGCAAUUGCUAUGCUCGUCCAGUACAUUCCGCCACGCUACUACAAAUUUGUCUUUCGUGCUGCGACCGGUGUCGUUGUGCUCGACUUUCUGCUCAACUUGAUUUGGUUGCCGAUUGGCGUUGCCAACACUUACGGCUUCCGCUCAGCCGAGUAUGUCUUCACCCACAAAUUCAACGGAACAGGCGCUCCUGCUGGCUGGGACUGGUGUCUUUCCUUCCUAUCGACUGCAGGUAUUUUGGUUGGCUAUGACGCUGCUGGACACGUCGCAGAGGAAACAAAGGAUGCCUCCAAGAAUGCAGCACGAGGCUUGUUCUGGUCUGCCAUGUACUCUGCUGCCGGUGGACUGGUCAUUGUCAUUCUCUUCUUAUUCUGUGCACCGGAGGCAGAAACGCUUUUUUCCUAUGCAAUCCCGCAGCCAUUUGUGGCAGUCUACUCGCUCGCCCUUGGGCGUGCACACGUUUUGCUAACUACGAUUGCCGUUGUUGGACUCAUCUUCAACACGAGUGUUUCGUCGGUCGCUGCCUCCAGGCUCGUCUUUGCAGUCGCUCGCGAUGGUGUUUUGCCGUGGUCCAACUGGAUUGCUCAGGUUGACUCACGCGGCAAUCCAAGGAAUGCCAUCACCGUGAUUUGGGUCGUCGCAGCCACAUUACUUUGCACCAUCUUGCCAAGUCCUGUGUCCUUCUCAUCGCUCGUCUCGGCUGCUGGUGUACCAACAUUCGCUGCAUACGCUCUGAUUCUCACUUGCCGAGCCAUCAUCACGCCAAAUGAAUUCCGCAAUGGUUCUUGGUCGCUAGGACGCUGGUCGCGACCAAUGAAUUUGAUUGCCAUUCCAUUCAACUGGUUCUGCGUAGCCGUGCUUGUUUCGCCCUACAUCUUCCCAACAACGGCGCAAAACUUGAACUACAGUGGCAUCAUCCUCGGUGCCAUCACCAUCUUUGGGUUCAUUUCUUGGAUGGUGGUGCCAAAGGAGCGCUGGCUUGAGAAGAAGCGACUCCUUGGGGUGCGCAAGGCUCAGGUGGAUCGCGAGGAGCAAUCCAGCGUUCAUGUCAUUUCCGAGACCAGCUCCAAGUAGGUGGACAUGGGCAUUCUUGGCUCAGAAAGUUUCCAUGGAUCGAAUUUGCUUAGACACAGUAUCUCGAGCAAUAUAGACUAUAUAGGCAGUAAUCUUACUUGGCCUUUUGCUGCUCUGCCAUACUGUUUGGUUUAGGUUUGAGUUGC